AUGCGCAUUUUGGUGCUCCAUGGCUACUCUGGCAACGCCUUGUGGCAAGAGAAGAAGGAUCAGAAGCUGCAACAGUUGCUGGCACAAUUCUCAGUGCAACUGCACCAUGUCGACGCGCCGAUCCAACUGCCUCCCUUUUUCUCGGGGCGCGAUCCGAUGCAACGACGUCUGUCUUGGUGGUCCUUGAAGAGAGAUGACAGUUGGAGGCGGUUACCUGGCGCCCAUCCCGGACCUCAACUUCCGCUGGAAGCUGAUGAGCUGGAGGCUGGGGUGCUGUUUUCAUCGCGCUGA